AGUGCUUUGAGGCAAGUAGCUUAGUGAACUGGUGUGUGAUUGUGUGUGUACGUAUAUACUGUAUGUUGAAGUAAUGGUAGUGGUGAUGAGUACUGUUAAAAGGUUUGUUAGUCGUUAUUCGCACACCGCCUCAACAACCGCCACCACCACCACCACUGUCAGUAACAAGGAUAACUACACCAGCCAGCCACAGCCAUGAGGUUCCUGCUGCUGCUGCCCACACUCAUCACCGCCCUGCUCACCCACGCCAUGCCGAAGCUUGUCGACGAUUUUACGUUAAAGGACGAGGAUGCGUUCGAGAAGAUCUUUGAGUCUGAGGUGGCGCCCCUUCAAGAGAACUCACCGCAGCAACAAGAGAAGGGAAGGAAAGAAGACAGGAAUGUUGGUGGAGGAGCUAGGAAGUGUGCCAGCGACCAUGUGUUCAUCUGCGCAGGAGGAAAGGAGGUGUGCGAGGUGCAGCGGUGUGACGGUGUGAUGGAUUGCCCCAUGGGGGACGAUGAGGAGGACUGCGACUGCAUGGCGGGUCAGUUUCUGUGUGAUGACGUCCGCUGCUUACCGGGGGAGUUAUGGUGCAACGGCGUAUUUGACUGCCAGGACGGGACGGACGAGGCCAAAUGCGGCGGUGAUGGAGGAGGUUGCAAUGGCGACCACAGUUUCAUCUGCGCCAGCGGAAACGAAAUAUGUGACGUGCAAGUGUGUGAUGGUGUGGUGGACUGCCCCACGAUGGACGACGAGACAGGCUGCUAUUGGGGAUCGUAGUGGUUGGCGUGCUGGAGACUGGAUGGAAGCAAUUAUUCAUCAGGAGGAAAUCGUGUGAGACGCAUGACGCUGUAUCAUCCCUGCCAGAGACUUCUCCGCUCCAACCCGCAACUCUCAGCAAAAUGCACAACAGCCGCUGACUCGCACAUAAUUAUGUUCUUCGUAGUAGGCCCGUAUUCUGAAACACUUCUGAAACAUCCUUAGAAACCCGUGUAAGUUCUGCGCCGCCAAUAAACUCAAUACUCUCUAUACUUGAAGUUGCACAGGUUUUUAAGGGAGUUUUACGGUUCUAGUGGCAGAAAAGAUUUAUGCAUUAUAAACAGGAAAAACUCUCUUGAGAACCCGACUUAUAAUCUCUGUGGCCUUUGAAAAUAGUCGUGGUGAGAGAGCAAAGCGUUUCUGAAUGGUAGUUUUGAAGAAUCCUUAGCAGUGUUCGUGUCCUCAAGUGAUAUAAUAAUUAUUGUACUAUACCACUU